UAAACUCAAAUCAUCAACCACACAUAUAGUUAGCUCAGCUGACAUCUCAUUUUCAAGCUCACAUGCACUCAUUCUCUGUCGGCACUACUCUUCUUCUUCAAGCUUCCAUUCAUGCUGUCUUAUUAAGCUUCAUUUUUGGUAUAAUUGGUAAUUUCAUUUCUAUACUGGUAUUUGCUUCUCCCAUAAAGACAUUUUGGACAGUGGUGAAGAAGAAAUCAACAGAGAAUUACAAAUCGACUCCAUACAUUACAACAUUAUUAAGCACAAGCUUGUGGACUCUCUACGGACUUAUCAAUCCCGACGGUUUACUUGUCGUAACGGUGAACGGAGCUGGAGUUUUCUUCCAGUUAAUCUAUGUAACUCUCUUCCUCAUUUACGCUCCCAAGGAUAAGAAGAUUAAAACUGCAGCAUUGGUGGCGGUGCUGAAUGUCGGGUUUCUCGGAGCAGUUAUUGCGGUUACUUUGCUGGCAAUCCAUGGAGAUGUGAGGCUUACCUUUGUCGGAAUUUUAUGUGCUGUUUUAACUAUAGGCAUGUAUGCAGCUCCUCUGUCUGCCAUGAGAAUGGUGAUAAAGACUAAGAGUGUACAGUACAUGCCAUUUUUGCUCUCAUUCUUCCUCUUCCUCAACGGCGGCGUAUGGUCCAUUUACGCAUUGUUCGUCAAAGACAUCUACAUCGGAGUACCAAAUGCAAUAGGAUUUGUUCUUGGAUCAAUUCAGUUGAUACUAUAUGCAGUGUAUAAGAAAAAGUCGUCUUCUUCGGAUAAAUCGACCGACGCCAUUAAAGAAGCGGCAAGCUCAGCUGAAGAACUUAAAGAAAUGCAGAAUGAUGGAGAAGCAGGUGAUGAUGUGCAGAACAAUAAUCUGAAUAAGGGAUCAAGUUUACCGAAGCCGUCGGUUGAUCGACAAAAAAGCUUGCAGAAGAUUUUAAGAACACUUUCUCAUAAUGCUAAAGAUUUGCAAUAUUGGGCUAUUGAGGCAGGUAACCAUGAAAGGUCCUCUUUCGUUUAAUUAUUUUUCGGGUAAUUUUUACCGAAAGUCCCUCAACUAUCGCCUCUCUCCCGUCAUGCCCUAUAAAUUAUAUUUCUACGAUGUCAUUGGAGCUUCGUCAAAAUGUUAUUAUAUGACGGCUAGUUAGAUAUCUAUGUCUAUCGACAAAUAUUCAAGUAAAGUCAUUUAAUAUGACUUAUAGGACUCUAGUUGUCCCCCGCAUAAUUAAAUAUUUGAUGGAAAUAGAGCUGAAAUGACGAUAGAGAUAGUAUCGAUACAAAAUAUAAGUUAAAAGAUAUUAUAGCUAUAAAUUAAAAUUUAGGAACUGUGAAGGGAGAGAGAUGGAAGUUGAGGGACAAUCAUUGAAAAUUACCCAUUAUUUUUGUUUUGUGUGAUGAGACCUUGCUGCACUGUUUGUUGUAAUUUUAAGUUUACAGGAACCUUAUACUGUAUCGUUUUUUUACUAAGAAAAUUAAGUUAAUCUUGAUAUAGAAA